AUGGAUCUCGACAAAACAGAAGAGGCCAAGUCCAGGUUCGAGGAAAUCAAAAAAUGUACCUACACCCCCAAGACCAUCGGCUCGUCCAACCAGCAGGAGUACAUGACGUGUGACUGCCAGGAGCACUGGGACUCCGCAAACCAGAAGAACUUGGCCUGUGGUGACGACUCCAGCUGUAUCAACCGGGUCACCUCAGUGGAGUGUGUCAAUGGCCACUGCCUCUGUGGCACCGACUGCCAGAACCAGCGGUUCCAAAAGCGCCAGUACGCGUCAGUGUCGGUGUUCCAGACAGAGCUCAAAGGCUACGGCUUGCGAGCCAACCAGACGAUCCCCGAGCUGGCAUUUAUCUACGAGUAUAUUGGCGAGGUGAUAGACGAAACCACUUUCCGAGCCAGAAUGUUGGACUACGACAAAAAGAACUUCAAGCACUUCUACUUCAUGAUGUUGAAGCAGGACUCGUUCAUCGACGCCACCAUCAAGGGCUCGUUGGCUCGUUUCUGUAACCAUUCGUGCAAUCCAAAUGCUUACGUAGACAAGUGGGUGGUUGGCGACAAGUUGAGAAUGGGGAUAUUCGCCAAAAGAGCUAUCCAGCAGAACGAGGAGAUCACGUUCGACUACAACGUCGACAGGUACGGCGCCCAAUCGCAGCCGUGCUACUGCGGUGAGCCCAACUGUGUCAAGUUCAUGGGAGGAAAGACCCAGACAGACGCAGCCUUACUCUUGCCAGACGGCAUUUCCGAGGCCUUGGGGGUCACUGCCAAGCAGGAGAAGCAGUGGUUGAAGGAAAACAAGCACCUCAGGGCCAAACAACAGGCAGAAGAUGCUGUCAUCAACGAGAUGUUCAUUAAAUCCAUUGAGGUCCAAGAGUUGACGGAGGCAGAUGUCUCCAAGGUAAUGGGAGCAUUGAUGAAACCCCAGGACAUCCACAUUGUGCGGAAAUUGAUCCAGAGAAUCUACAUGACCAACGACGCCAGUGUGAACUCGUUGAUUGUGAGAUUCCACGGCUACAAAACGUUGUCUACACUCAUCAAAGAAUUCAGAGGCGUCGAUGACGAGAUGGUGCUCAAAAUAUUGACCAUUCUCAGCAAAUGGCCCAAGGUUACCAGAAACAAAAUUUCGUCCUCGCAGAUAGAAAAUGUGGUGAAGGACCUCGAAGAGUCCAGUCCUAAUGAUGACAUCAAGGCAUUGGCCAGUGAGUUGCUACAAGAAUGGGGCAAUUUACAAAUGGCAUACAGAAUUCCUAAGACCAAAUCCGAUAGCAUUUCUUCGUACGGAAGAAAAGGCUCGAGAUCACCAAAAGUCGAAACCUCGGAAGAACCAGAGCACCAGACCACAUUCACUGUAAGCACCGAGGGCUUGCCAGAUGGUUGGGAAAUGGCGUUUGACGAAAAUACCAAAAGCAACUACUAUUAUCACAGAGAAUUGAACAUAUCGAGAUGGGAUAGACCUACUGCUUCCGUGCCAACUGGUCCGAAAAUUGGGAACGAAGCCAAGAGCUUCAAAAACAAGAACCAUGGCAACAACAAUGGCAAUGCUGGACCUUUCUACGGUGAACUGUUGGCACAGCAGGAGGAAGAGAGAUUGAAGUUGGAAAAAGAGGAACAGUUCAUGAAAUUGCAAGAGCGUGAAAAACAGUUACAGGAGCUCAUCAAACAAUCUGGGGAUGAACAGAGAAAGAAACAGAUCGAGGAAAGAAACAAAAUCCAGGAGAAAUUGAAGAAACAACAAGAAAAGUUGGGCAAGAGCUCACGCAGUAAGAGUUCCAAGCACAAGAGCUCGAAAAACACCCCAGAAACGUUGGAAAAGAAAUGGACUCAUGUGAUGGCCAAGCACAUCCCCAACUGCAUCAAGAAGUACGAGGCAGAGAUAGGCAGAGACAAUAUCAAAGGAUGUGCCAAAGACAUUGUGAAGACGUUGGUGGCCAAGGAGUUGAAGAAGGAUGCCAAUGCCAACCCUCCCAAAGAGUUGGAGUCUGCCAAGUUGAAAAAGAUCAAGGAGUAUUGUACUAUAUUCAUGGAGAAGUUCCUCGUCAAAUACCGGGCCAAACAUGACAGAAAAAGAAAGGGUGACGAUGUGAAGACUGGAGACGAAGAAGCCGUAAAAAAAGCAAAGAUAUGA